AUGGAAAACAGUUCCAAAAGGAAUGCUCAUUUCCACACCAUUCCAAAAAAAAAAGUUCUUCCACAGUGGAAAGACUCCGAGUUGGACGCCCUGGACACCGGUAUACUCUGCUUUGGCACAAACUGGGCUAUGAUACUAGAGAAGUAUGGAAGAUAUCUUGGAUCGGAUAAGGACGAACGAGAGAUAAAAAGACAGUACUACGAAAACAUUCAGGAUAGGUGUUUAAGGGAGUUUGAUAUGAAGCAUGCAAUUGUGGUCAACAUGUAUGGAAUGCCAAUCUACAGAAAUGGAAGGAUUGUAUACUUCUUUUGUGUUGAUCCUCUCCCGAUGCUGAAAAGGAUGGUUGAGAAGAAUAGAAAAGAGUAUCUGGAGAGGGAAGACAUCUUUGUGGGCACACAUUUCGAUUCUGUUAGUAAGAUGCACCAGUACAAGGUCUCUCUGGAUGAUGGGCUUGUGGAAGUGAAUCCUAUCUCGACAGUCUACAUGGAAGAUAAGGUGCUGGAGUAUGAGUGGAAACAUGCCAUAAAAAACCAUCUAAGAAAGCAUCCGUACGAAAUCUGCAUGGAUCCAUAG